UAGACUGGCGCUUAAUGGUGUCAUAUAACAGAGGUUUCCUUUGGAAAAUUUUCAACUUUGAAUUAGUCAAAUACCAACUAUUUGAUCAUGAAGAUCAACACCAAUUCACUUUCAGACGCUCAUUUUAUAUCCAGCUACUCUCAGUUUCUUUCCCUCAUGCUCUCCAUCCUCUCCGACAAUGCCAUCCAAGUUUUCGUUCACCAUCAUCAUCAUAAGCUUGGUCCUGAUCCUUUCUCCAAAACCAGUGUUUUCGAAUAAUUAUUUGAGCUGCAGUGUCCGAUCUAGUUGCGGAAAUAUUUCGGAUAUCGGUUACCCUUUCUGGGGAUUGGAUCGGCCGGAAAGUUGUGGAUAUCCUGGAUUCAAGCUCAGCUGCAGUGAAAGUGAGCUAGAAAUCACAAUCAGCUCUGCAACAUACCGAGUUCUUGCAAUAAACAAGGAAUCACAAACACUUCAUGUCUCUAGAACCGAUUACAGUGAGAAUCUUUGUCCCACUCAUCUCAUCAACUCCACUUUUGAAAGUGAAACCAGUCCUUUUCGACAAAACGGGGAUAGUCAGGAUAUAAGGCUGUAUUAUGGUUGUCAGCCUCUCACAGCUCCACAAAAUCUCACAUCAAUUCUCGGGAUUUCCAAUCAAUUCGACUGCACAAUAAACAAUACAAAGAUCGUAGGUUAUUAUGUGACAAGGGAAUUCGCGGGAACUGUCACCGGCAAUUUCCUGAGAUCUUGCAGUAACAGUGUGAUUAUUCCAGUCCCGAAUUCCCAAGUUCCGUCACUGGAGGAAGGCCGGGAUCCAGAUGAUUUGGAAGAAGCGGCUAAAAUUGGGUUUCAGCUGUGGUGGUCUGCAGAUGAUACCCGUUGUAAUAAUUGUGUAAACAAAGGUGGGCAGUGCGGGCGUAACCUCGUCUCAGGUGGAUUUGAAUGUUACUGCUCAGAUGGCGACGUUUGUUCCCCAGACUCCAAAUCCAAAUUCAAAUUCAAGUGGAAGCUAUUCAUAGGAUUGGCAGCGGCUAUAACCAUUGCCAUAUGCUUCGUUGUCUUGUGGCUCAAAAGAAAAUGGUUACCGAAUCAAGGAAACAAGAAUCAGGAUGGCAGGAUUGAGGCAUUCAUCAAAAAGUUUGGUUCUCUUACACCAAGGCGGUAUUCUUAUGCAGAAAUAAAAAAAAUGACAAAUAAGUUCAAUGAUAAACUAGGUCAAGGAGGAUAUGGCAGUGUAUACAAAGGGAAAUUGUCUGAAGAUCGUUUUGUGGCAGUCAAAAUUUUAAGUGAAUCAAAAGGAAACGGGGAGGAUUUCAUGAAUGAAGUGGCUAGCAUUAGUAGAACUUCUCAUGUUAAUAUCGUGAGUCUACUUGGCUUUUGUUUUGAGAGAUCAAAGAGAGCUUUAGUUUAUGAAUUUAUGCCCCAUGGAUCCUUAGAUAGGUUUAUUUAUGAUAGAAGAUUGCAUCAUCAAAGUUGUCAAUUGGAGUGGAGAACCUUGUAUGACAUUGCACUUGGCAUCGCUAGAGGACUCGAUUACUUGCAUCAAGGUUGCAACACAAGGAUCUUACAUUUCGACAUAAAACCUCACAACAUCCUUUUAGAUGAGAACUUUUGUCCCAAAAUCGCUGAUUUCGGUUUAUCUAAAUUAUGUGAAAGAAAGGAGAGUAUCAUUUCCAUGACUUGUGCUAGGGGAACAAUAGGUUAUAUUGCUCCAGAAGUGGUUUGUCGAAACUUUGGUGGAGUUUCUUAUAAAUCUGAUGUCUAUAGCUAUGGAAUGAUGGUCCUUGAAAUGGUGGGAGGAAGAAAAAAUAUUGAUGUUGGAGUGUCUCAAACUAGUGAAGUAUAUUUUCCGUCUUGGAUUUAUAAGCAUCUUGAUCAGUCUAUGAACUUGAAUCUUAAUGGAGUAAUACUUGAAGAAGAAGAAGAAGAAAUAGCAAGGAAGUUGAUUAUUGUGAGCCUUUGGUGCAUUCAAUCUUAUCCAUCUGAUCGACCAUCGAUGACUAAAGUGAUAGAAAUGUUACAAGAAAAUCUUCAAUCAUUGAUAAUUCCACCUAGACCUUUUGUAUCUUCUCCUGUAAGAUCUCCUAAAAGUUUAGAACAUCAACAAUAAUUUAGGCUUAGUAAAAAAGGUUGCAACAAUUCAAAAUGUGCUGACAAUUUUAGAUGAUGAAAUAAUCCUCUCUUUUUUUAUCGUAUGAAUUAAAUUGAUUUUAAUCAAUA